AUGGGUGUUCCCAAGUUUUUCAGAUGGCUUUCGGAGCGCUAUCCGGCCAUCUCGCAGCUCAUUGCCGAGAACCGCAUUCCCGAGUUCGAUUGUCUCUAUCUGGAUAUGAAUGGUAUUAUACAUAACUGUACGCACAAAGAUACCGGCGAAGAUACGACUUUUCGACUAAGCGAGGAGGAGAUGUUCAUUCGCAUCUUCAAUUACAUCGAGCACUUGUUUGGGAAAAUUAAGCCGAAGCAGCUCUUCUUCAUGGCAAUUGACGGAGUCGCCCCAAGAGCCAAGAUGAACCAGCAGCGCGCUAGACGUUUUCGAACUGCCCUCGACACAGAGAAGGCCCGUGAUAAGGCCAUCAGCGAGGGCGUCGAAAUGCCCAAAGAACCCCCUUUCGAUAGCAACUGCAUCACGCCCGGUACCGAGUUCAUGGCGAAGCUGACGCAACAGCUCAAGUACUUUGUCAACAAGAAGGUCUCCGAGGACGCUGACUGGCAAGGUUGCGAGAUUGUCUUGUCUGGCCAUGAGGUUCCUGGUGAAGGUGAGCACAAGAUCAUGGAGUACAUUCGGAAUGCCAAGGCGCAGCCUGACUAUGACUCCAACGUUCGCCACUGCCUCUACGGCCUUGAUGCCGAUCUCAUCAUGCUUGGCCUGCUCAGUCACGACCCUCACUUUUGUCUUCUCCGAGAGGAGGUUACUUUUGGCCGUGUGAGCAAGGCCAAGACCAGGGAACUGGAACAUCAGAACUUCUAUUUGCUGCAUCUAUGUAUAGUGCGCGAGUAUUUGGAGCUGGAAUUCCAGGAGCUUAAGGAGCCUGGCCGGCUGAGUUUCCCCUUUGAUCUGGAACGAGUCAUCGACGACUUCAUUCUGAUGGCUUUCUUUGUUGGAAACGAUUUCCUCCCCAACCUCCCUCGUCUUCAUAUUAACGAGGGUGCUCUCGCUGCCAUGUUCCGUAUCUACAAGUCGGUUUUACCUCUGGGAGAUGGCUAUAUCAACGAGGGCGGUGUUAUCAACCUGCCCCGUCUUCAGAGGCUUCUCAACGAGCUCGCCAAGGACGAGACGAACCAAUUUGAGCACGACGUCAGCGAUGAGAAAUGGUUCCAGUCUAAGAAACUCUUGGAAUCUAAUGGCGCCGACAACAAAAAGCCCAAGGGCAAGGGGCUUGUUUUGACAUCAUCCCAGAGAGAUCUGUGGAAGCAGCGAAUUCGUCCCUAUGUCAAGAAACCUUCAUCCGAACCACUGGAUCUGGGAACUAGUCUCAACGCCGCUGAUCGCAAAUUUGUUCAAGAUCUUGCCGACACUCUUCACAUUGAGUGGAGCACCAAAGAGGAUGAUGAGGGUCAUCGCCAUCUCCUCCUGUCUUUUCCCAAGGGCGCCGAGAACGUUAAUGACGAAGAAGAGGAGGGGACUCUCGCCCUCUAUCGCGUUAUGCGCAACUAUGACAAGGCUACCGUUGUCGAUGUUGGUGGCGAAGACGCUCAGCGACAGUACAAGGAACUCUAUGACCAGAAGUACCAAGGCUGGAAGACCAAGUACUACCUGCAGAAGUUCCCAGAGUGGGCACCUGAGCAAUACGAAACUGAGCUCACCAAGCUCUGUGAGAAUUAUGUGCAAGGUCUGCAAUGGGUUCUGUACUACUACUACCGCGGAAUUGCCUCGUGGCCUUGGUUUUACCAGUACCACUACUCUCCUUUGACCUCCGACGUUACCAGAGGUCUUGGAGCUGACCUCAACUUCAAGCUGGGUCAGCCUUUCAGGCCCUUCGAGCAGCUCAUGGGUGUCCUGCCCGAUCGAAGCAAGUCCAUUGUCCCCGAAGUCUACUGGGAUUUGAUGACGAACCCCAAUUCCCCCAUCUACGACUUCUAUCCCAGAGACUUCGAGCUUGACAUGAACGGAAAGAAGAUGGAAUGGGAAGCCGUUGUCAAGAUCCCUUUUAUCGACGAAAAGCGCCUGCUUAGCGCGAUGGAGCCCAAAAACAAGCUCCUCAGCGAGGGCCAAAAGGAACGAAAUGGAUUUGGAGUUGCUCUCAAGUUCACUUACAACCCGGAUAUCGCCUUUAACUACCCCUCGUCUCUUGCGGGUAUUUUCCCAGAUAUUAAUCCCUGCCGCUGUGUGGAGAAUAUCUUCGAGCUUCCCAGCACCGACGGUCUCACCUACCGUAAUGGCCUUGUUGAUGGCGUCAAGAUCAACAUUGAGGCACUUGCGGGGUUCCCGACACUGCACACCUUGUCCUAUACAGCGAUGCUGGUGGAGAACUUUGGUGUUAAUGUCUUCCAGGCAGACAGCAAGAAUCCCAGCAUGAUUGUUACCCUCACCGACGCAGAGAUGAGAACCAGGGUCCAAUCAGCUGCCCAAAGGCUUGGAAAGCGAUGCUUCGUCGGAUACCCGUUCCUGCAAGAGGCCAAGAUUGUGAAGGUCACCGAUGAGCUCUUCGACUACGAGCUCGACAGAAACGGCUCUGUUGUUCAAAAGCAUCACGGCCCCAAAGAAAUUGACUUCUUCUCCAAGGAGUCUACCUACAUCGAGAAUUGGCACUCAAAGCGCCUUGGCAUCGUCAUCGGCUCUGUAGAAUCCCUGGUUCACGUCCAUAUGUUGAAGGGCUUGAUCAAGACCGAGGAAGGUGCUUUAAUCAAAGAGUAUGCACUGAACCCCAGCAUGAGAAGCGUGUACGCUUCUCAGACCAUUGUCGACGAAGUCAUCAACGAAGACGAGCGAUUCAUCGAGAAGGCUGCCGUCCCCAUCGAGGAGGAGUAUCCAAUUGGCACUCAGGCUUUCUUCUUGGGCGAGUACAACUAUGGACGAGCUCUGGAGGUCACGGGUCAUGUCAACAACAAGGCCAACAUCCGAGUUUCUGUCUUGAAGCACAAGGAACCCGACUUCGCCAAACCCAUUAUCCAGGACAUGAAGCGUCAGAACCGAUACACCCCGUCUUACGCAGUUGCUAAAAUGCUCAACCUCCACCCUUUGAUUCUUAGCAAGAUCCUGUCAUCUUACCAGGUUAACACUGUUGGUGGUUUGAGAGUCAAUCUGGGGCUCAACCUGAAGUUCGAUGCCAAGAAGCAAAAGGUGCUCGGCUACUCGCAAAAGUCAGACUCUGGCUGGGAGUUUAGCAAUGCUGCUAUCGAGCUUCUGGCCAGAUAUGUCGCCGCGUUCCCCGACUUCUUCGCCGCUAUUCAGCAGAACCCUCAAGCAAGCGAUGUCAGCGACACCGAUCUUUGGAAGGACCCUAAGGUGGCUGCUCAGCGAGUGAAAGAGAUUGGAGCUUGGCUCAAGGCAGCUCAGACCAGCAAGUUUGAGAGAGUUCCCCUCGAAGCUGAACAACUCGACUCUGUUGUGGUCAUGAAACUUGCCGAGGCUGGUGCCCAAGUCUUCCUUCAGUCUCACGAUGUAGAUGUCGUAAACAUGAAGGGCGUUCCGCGGUCAGCCAUCAUGAAGCCCAGCGAUGCCGAGUUGUUCCUCAGCAACCAGAAGUUUGCUCUCGGCGACCGGGUCAGCUUCUUGUCUUCUUCUGGCAAGGUGCCUCUUGGCAGCCGGGGAACAGUGGUUGGCCUCAGCCGUACCGCCACUAAUCUUCUCUUGGACAUCGUCUGGGAUCUCACUUUCAUGAGUGGCACGACUCUGGGAGAAAGAGCUCCACCAUUCCGCGGUAUGACCGUUGCCUCGUCCUCGGUUCUCAACACCACGUACAAGCAAGUCGUGUCGGGCUCCAAAGCCGGCAUGCAGCGUAAGCCAGCGACAGCUCCAGUGUCGCUCACGACGAUGGCAGCGGGUGUUCCCCAGUACAAGGAUGCGCCUGCUCCCGGUCCGCUCAGAGGCACCUGGCGCGGCGCCGCGAACGGCAGCCAGGGUCAGUCUAACAGAGGUCGUGGCCGUGGUGGAGGUGGACCAAAUUUGCUGCACAGCACUCUUGUCUACCGCCCUCACCAGAACGGCACGGACGAAGCUCACGAGGCCAAUGGACAAGGCCAGCGUAGUGGAGGCAACUUCAGAGGUCGUGGUCGUGGUCGCGGCGGACCGGUCCAACAUCCCGGACAGUCGGGCCUUCACGAGAUGCCGGCUCAACCCCAGCAGCCGAUGUACGGCAACGUCCCGCCUCCCCCGAACCUUGAUGCGCGUGGCAGAGGCAGAGGCCGUGGCGGACGUGGUGGACGGGGAAGAGGCGCUCCUCGCGGACGUGGUGGAAACGGAGCAGCGAACGGAGUAACGAACGGAGCUUCCGCGGACGCGGCCUAG